CCACUGGAGACACUCCAGUUGUGCUUACGGUCCACCAUGAUCUGACCUUACCCUCAAGUACCAAAAAUCCCUCGUGAGCGUUGCGCGAUAAUAAGCGGUGCCGCGUAGAUAUAGUGAUUCGAUUCGAUUUUUGCAAGAAAAAAAAAUCAUGGCGUCGUAUUGGCCGAGGAUAUGUGUUGUAUUUUUAUUAGGAAUGUUUGUAGGGAGUUCCUCGGGACAAUUCCCCGUUUCGCCGAAUAUUAUCGUCUUCAUGGUGGACGAUAUGGGAUGGAAUGAUGUGGGAUUUCAUGAGUCCAAUGAAAUACCAACGCCCAAUAUUGACGCAUUGGCAUACAAUGGGAUUAUUCUCAACAGACAUUAUGUGUUGCCAUCGUGUACACCUGCCAGGGCGGCCUUCUUCACCGGUCUUUACCCUAUUCGAAUGGGCCUGCAAGGUAACAGUCUGAAAGGCAGUGAACCUCGAGGACUGCCCCUGAACGUCAGAAUCCUCCCAGAUUACCUCCGUGAAUUGGGAUACUCAACUAGACUCGUUGGAAAGUGGCACCUCGGCUUUCCAACGCCCCAAUUCACCCCUCAGGAGCGGGGAUUCGACUCCUUCCUGGGUUUUUAUAACGAUCACAUUUCCCAGUACAAGUACUACUACCGCGAUGGGAACAUGUCAGGUUUUGAUCUCCAACGAGGAGACGGUCCUGCCCACGAUAUCCACGAGGAGUACGUAACGAGAGUGUUCACCGAGGAAGCCAUCAAAAUAAUUCAUCGUCACGAUAGUAAGCGUCCUCUUUAUCUCCAAAUCAAUCAUCUGGGUUUCCACGCACCUCUGGAACCACCACAUGACGGAGAUCUUGGGGGUUACCGAUACCAUAACUUCAGUUAUCUUCAUGGAGAACGACGCAAAUACGCGAUGAUGAUAUCAGAAAUCGACACAUCGCUAGGAAGCAUUGUGUCUGCUUUGGGUGAACGUGCGCUACUGAAUGACAGCAUCAUCGUCUUUUUGUCGGACAACGGUGCGCCAACCGGAGGUACAGAAGGAAAUGCAGGAUCGAACUGGCCGUUGCGAGGUGGCAAGUAUUCACUGUACGAGGGAGGAGUCCGAGGUGUCGCAGCCGUCUGGUCACCAAGAAUUAAAAAAAUGGCCCAAGUAUCGAGCAACUUGAUCCACAUAACUGACUGGCUGCCAACUCUGUACCGAGCGGCGGGAGGAAAUGUCAGUGAUCUGGGUGUAAUCGAUGGUGUUGAUCAAUGGGACUACUUCAGCCAGGACAAGGAAGCUCCACGGCAGUCCCUCCUCAUUAACAUCGACGAGCUGAGAAAAACCGAAGCCGCCAUUUACCGCCGGUACAAGCUCAUUCGGGGCCACACUGACGAGAGAAGCAAUGACUACUACUUUGGAAGCAGUGGAAAAGAUGUCAAUGUACCUGCUUAUGACUAUAACCUGGUGCACAGCAGCGCUGUUGGCAGUGCCAUUCAUUCCCAUCUUGGUCAUCCAGUGGCCCCCCAAAGUUACAUGUCGAAAUUGAGAGAGCAAGCCCGAGUGUCCAAAUGCAUGGACAUCAAGCUCUUCUGGAACAAUGGCACUCAUCCCUGUCGCAAUGAAACGGAAUGUCUUUUUGAUAUUUUUUCGGAUCCUUGCGAGAUGACUAACAUCGCGAGAUCACAUCCUAAGAUUGUUCGAGAGCUUAAUGCAAUUUUGGAGAAAUAUGGAAAUAUGCUCACCAAGCAGCCAAACAUGCCAGAAAAUUGGAGUGCAGAUCCUCGUAAGCACAACAGCACGUGGGUGCCCUGGUUACACCCAAAUUUAUACGAAACUCGUUACGGUUACAAUGGUAGUGCAGCAGUAGUUGUCAGUAGUUUAGGAAUUUUCGCACAUAUCGGUAUGGUGUUCCUCGUCGUAGGCCUCCGAGCGUUCCUCUGACUCAAAAGUAGACUUCCGGAGUCGAACAGAUGAAGCGCUAUUUUUUAUCGAUUUACAGAUACUCAGAUGUAACGUCAAUUGUGUAGACAGGGUGUGAGGGGUGCACAUAACAAUUUUAUACAUAAAUAAAUAUGCAACAGCACGUGCGCAUCGAAAUUCUAGAUGUCCCGAUGUUCUCCAGAAUUCAAAAAUAUAUUGACCAGAAUUAUCUUGUUUUCAACCCAUUGCCAGAGAAAAAAUAAACAGAAAGAGACAAAUUGUAACUGGAGCUCUUGUUCUGGCCACAACUCAUACCCUGUUAUUGCGUAGAAUAGUAAAUUAUCGAUAAUGCAUUAAGUAAAUUUACCAUCAUAGUAACUAACGAGUCUAUUUAAUUAAAUUAUUGAUACCAGUCACCGGCGCAUUGUCAAUUUUCAAAAAAAUAAAAACUACUCGAUUUUGUACUAUCCCCAUCA